CUUUCCAGAAAUGUUUUGCCCAUUCACAUUCAUUCCGAUUUCGGCUGAUCCGUAGAGGACCAAAAACCCUAAAUCAAAUCUAAAAUCCCUUUCCUUCCACAGCCGAAAACUAUUGUCGUUUCUUGAUCGAUUUCUCCAUCGGAAUUGAUUCAAAAGAUCCACCGGAAUCAUGAGAAAUCACUGGCGACGGCUUCUUCUUCUCCGGUGCUCUUGUCGACCUCGGCCGCUCGUUUCCGCUUCCACUCCACUUGGUUCCCAGGUACAAUCUGUCCGAUCCAUUUCGUCUUCUCUGAUUCCUGGACGUGCUCCUCCUUUCAUGUUUGAUCGAAUUCAGAGUCCCAUUGUGCGUUUCUAUUCUUCUUCUGAGGUCGCUGCUGAACCCCCAAAAGAUUCGUCUGAUGGAAAUGAGAUUGCUGUUGCUUUAACUAAUAUUUUUACUCAUGCAAACCUCUCUGCUGAAACUAUUAAUCAGGGAUUAGAGUCCAAUAACAUCCUUGUUACCCAUGAUUUGGUUUUGAAUGCUUUGGAGAGCCUUCAAUCUGCCCCUGUUGUGGCGCGGAGGUUCUUCAAUUGGGUUUCGAGGAAUGAAGAGCAGAGAUUGAGCUCUAAAUCGUAUAAUUUGAUGCUUUGUGUACUGUUAGAAAAUGGUUACUCUAGGGAGUUUUGGGAAAUGGUUGGGGUUAUGCGUGGGAAAGGUUUUGGAGUUUCGAAGGCUACAUUUCGUAAGGCGAUGGAUAAAUUCGAAGAGAAAGGGCUCCGUGAUGAUGUGGAGAAGUUGAACAAAUUGUAUGCAUCGGGUUCCACUGAUAAUUCUGUUGAAAAUCUUUCUUUUCGAGUAUGCCGAGUCAUUAGACAAGAUGUAUGGGGGGUUGAUCUCGAAAAGUGGCUUAGGGAUUUGAAUGUAGAGUUUUCAAGCGAGUUGGUUUCCAUGGUUGUGGAAAAUGUUGGGUUUGAAGGGAAUAAGGGGUUACUUUUCUUCAGAUGGCUUGAGGAGAGUGGUCUGUUCAAACAUGAUGAACAAACUUAUGGUGCUUUGUUGAGGGUCUUGGCUAGCGAGGGUUCGAGUGAUAAGUUUUGGAGGGCUUUUAUGGACAUGAGGACUGCUGGGCUCGAAAUGGAUACAGAUACUUAUGUUUAUUCUUCAGAUAGGUUUGUUAAGAAGCUAAUGAUUACGGAUGCUGUAGAUUUGUAUGAUUUUGCAAUGCGAGGCUUGAAUAAGCCAUCAGUGCAUGACUGCACCUUUCUUUUGAAGAAGAUUGCAGUUGGAAAGGAGCUGGAUAUUGACUUAUUUUCUAGAGUUUUGAGGGUCUUUAAGGAUAGUGGGAAUGCGAUUGGAAAUUCUAUGUUUGAUGCCGUUCUCAAAUCGUUGACCAGUGCUGGAAGACUUGAAAGGUGCAAUGACAUCUUAAAAGCGAUGAAGGAGGCUGGUUUUGUAGCCAAGUGGACUUCACAAAGUAGAGUUGCUUUUCAAUUGAGUAAGGCGGGUAAACAUGAAGCAGCAAGUGAGUUUAUGCAUUUCUUGGAAGGAGAUGAUUGCGGUCCAAAUGAUAGAAUCUGGUCUUCUUUGGUUGAGGGUUAUUGCUUAGCUGGUGAUCUGGAGAAAGCUUCUGUUAGUUUUCGGGAGGCAGUCAAAAAGGUGCAACCGUCUACUGCUGGACAUGUUUUAGAAGUAUUAGUGAAUGCUUAUUGCCAUAAGAGCAGAGCAGCAGAUGUAUGUGGUCUUGUUUCUGAAAUGAUUGUUGAAAAAGAAUUGCCACUUCGGCAUUCCACGUACAGGAUAUUGAUAAGCAUGUUAUUGGAUCAGGGAGGUUUCAAACAAGCUUUAGAUGUUCUCCCUCUGAUGAAAAACCAAGGUUAUCCACCCAUUUUGAAGCCCUUCAUUGACUACAUUGCCAAGUCUGGAAGCGUUAACGAUGCUGUAGCAUUUUUAACAGCAAUGACGGUGAAGAGAAUACCAUCCCGUGCCGUUUUUAUACAAUUAUUUGAAGCUUACUUCGAAGCAGGAAGGACUAGUGAAGCACAAGACUUGCUUUCCAGAAGUCCAGUAUACAUUAAAAAUCAUGCUGAUGUGUUGAAUCUUUUCUUGUGCCAGAAAGCUGGCGACUUGGAGACCCCUGCUGUCUUGACUGCGUCUUGAAUGCCUAGAAGGAUGUAUUACUAUGUAUUUUUGUCAGCUGAAAACAGUAGUGAAUCUUUAAGAAAUUUUGGUUUCCUUUUUGGUGUAUUUUACUCUUCCCAUUUAUUGUUCACAGCUAGAGGAUAGAUGAUGGCGAUGUUGAUAACAAAGCAGCAUUCGUCAAUCAGUGAUGUUUCAGUUAAUUUUACAUUGAAAUAGCAUAGCUGCUGGGUUUUUGGCAUAUUGCUUGAAAUAAAUUGCUUUUAAGUUUUCAUUAUGCUCCCAAUUCUUAUCAAAUGCAGCAUAUUUUUC